CCCCGGCCCGCGCCCGGGCUGUCCACCAGCUGCCGGAGGCCGGCGCUCAGCGCGCGCACCCCCGUCGCGCACUCCAGCCACCCCGCGGGGAGAAAGUCCCGCGGAUCGCCCUGGUGUCGUCCCCCGGCGGAGUCUGCGGUCCGCCCCGGGGCCCACCGCCCGCUCCGCCCGCCCGCGCCUGCCGCCAAGGCCGGGGCCGCCCGCAGCGCGUAUCCGGGCCGUGGGCGCCCCAGCCGGAGGCGGAACGGCGGGGGCGCAGGCGGCGGCCCGGAGCCGAGCACCCCUGCGGGCAGCGGCGAAGCGACCUUGCCGAGGCACAGUCACCAGCACCCUGGUCCUUCCGACUGGAAUCAGCCAGGGAUGAGCCCCAAGUAAGAGGACGGAAGAAAGACCGUGAGGGCUACUCACCCUCCCAUCACAUGCCGCCCCCCUGCACUACUAUCACAUUGGAUUCCCGCAGGAUUUUCUACUACCAGAUUCUAGCACCUUCCAUUUGCGCCCCAGCCCAGGAGGGUCACAGCCCCGCAGCUGUUAGCUCCAGAUGUGAACGUAAAGAAAAGAGUCAAUAACCAAGAUGCUUUGGAGCCAGAAUGCUUCCCCACUUAGAUCACGGAAUCUGUGUCUCGUGGUGUGUAUCAGCCUCCUGUCUGGUGUGUUAUCUUCGCUGCCUGAUUUGUCAGACAAAUCUUGCACUUUCAAGGUGACAUUACGCAAUUUCCGGGUCAUCUUAUCUUGGGAAUUGAAAAACCGUUCGAUUGUACCAGAUCGCUAUACAUUACAGUACACGGUUAUAAGUAGACCAGACGGUGUGAAGAUUGUGGAGCACUGUUCAAAUAUCACAGCAUCAUUCUGUGACCUAACGGAUGUGUGGGAGGUCCUGCCCGAGACAUACGCCGUCACGGUUGACGGGUUCAGAGGGAACACGACGCUGGUCACGUGCUUCACCGAUUUCUUCCUGGCAGCAGACAUAUCUUUGGAGCCACCAGAGUUUGAUAUUGUUAACUUUACCGACCACAUUAACGUCAAUGUGAAUUUUCCACCCGUCCUUCCCAAGAUACUAGAAGAACUAUUACAGUUUCACCUAUCACUUAUCAUCGAAGAACAGUCAGAGGAGAUUGUCAAGAAGCAUAACCCCGCACUAGAUGAACACGUCAUUGGAAAUUUCACUUACGUCAUCGACAAAUUACUUCCAAACACAAACUACUGCGUAUCUGUUUAUUUUAUGCCUAGAAAUCUGGAAGCAAUACGCAGAUCACCAAUAAAAUGUACCCUCCUUCAACCUGCACGCGACACAGCAUUAGGAAUGGUGCCACCUCCUGAAAACGUCAGAAUGAACUCAGUUAAUUUCAAGAACAUUCUACAGUGGGAGUUGCCUGCUUUUCCCAAAGGGAAUCUGACUUUCACAGCUCAGUACCACAGUUAUAAGAAAUUCCAAGAUAUGUGCACGAGGACUACCUUGACGGAAUGUGAUUUCUCAAGUCUUUCCAAGUAUGGUGAUCACACCUUGAGAGUCAGGGCUGAAUUUGCCAAUGAGCAUUCUGACUGGAUAAACAUCACUUUCUGUCCAUUGGAUGACACCAUGAUCGGACCACCUGAAAUGCAAGUAGAAGUACUUUCUAAUUCUUUACACAUGCGUUUCUUAGCCCCUAAAAUGGAGAAUGAGCCUGAGACAUGGACCAUGAGGAAUAUUUAUAACUCAUGGGUUUAUAACGUGCAAUAUUGGAAAAAUGGUUCUGAUGAAAAGUGGCCGAAGACCUGUCAAUAUGACUUUGAGAUCCUCAGAGAUCUUGAGCCAUGGACGACUUACUGUGUUCGAGUUCAAGGGUUUCUUCCUGAUCGGAACAAAAGUGGGGAAUGGAGCCAGCCUGUGUGUGAGCGAACAGCCGACAACGAGACAACCCCACCCUGGACUGUGGCCGUGGUCCUGGCAGCGUCCUUGUGCGCGGCCGUCUUGCUGCUCGGCUGCUCGGCCCUGCUGUGGUGUUUGUACAAGAAGACCAAACACGCCUUCUGCCCGGGGAACUGCCUGCCGCAGCACCUGAAGGAGUUUUUAGGCCAUCCUCAUCACAGUACGCUUCUGAUUUUCUCCUUCCCGCCCGCUGAUGAGAAUGAAAUCUUCGACAAACUGAGUGUCAUUACACAAGUCUCGGAAAACAGCAGGCAGAAUCCUGGCGAUGGCAGCCCCCCCGAGGCCCCAUCUGGGCAGGGGUCCUCCGAGCUGGUCCCCGAGGAGGGAGUGCACACCGAGGGGUACAGCACCCCCCUCCUCCUCUCGCCCACCUGUGAGGGCAGCGGGAAACCACCUGAGCAAACCCCACAUCUAAAACUCUCAGAUUCCAGGACAAGAUCUGAACAACCAAAGAGCUAGAUUUUAAAGGCUCGCUUGGCAAAAAAAACACUCCACGGUGGAAAUGUGUUGCUUUAUAAAGGCCUCGACGAUUAAAAAAAAAAAAUUCUUGAUCACUGAGGAGUAUAAUUUCCAGCCUCUUCUGCUCACUACUAUGAGGAACAAUUUUUAAUUAGAAGAAACAAAAAUACUUAAAAUGAGGGAUAAAAAAACGAGAUGCGGCAAAAUCCAGCCAGAUGGCCAAGAGACGGAUCCGGAAAGCAGCCUCAAGUCACGGUGGCGAACGAAUUUUUGGGAUUCUCAGGGAUACUUGGACUGGAUUUAUUUUGCUACCUGUACAUGUUCUUUAUAGUGCUGGUG